AUGAGCCGUGAAGAGAGCCCGAAGCGGCGGAAGAUAGACUCCGAUAGGUUCGCACCCUCGUCACCAAAGAGCUACACCGGCCCUGGCCCUAGACACAUUUUCAAGCGGCGCGACAGACCCCCAGUGAACGACGACGAUGACGGCCAGGAACGGCCCAGCAGGGGACGAAAUAGCUCAUCAACUCCCCACCAGCACGCAUUUGAUGGCCCCGAAGCAUUCGUGAACGAUGAUGAUGCUAUGGCCCUGGACCGAGACUGGUACAUGGGUGAUGAAUCCGGACACACCUUCGGAGAUGAGACGCAUAACCCCUUUGGCGCCCCAGAAAGUGCUUGGGCAGAUCAGAUUCGCGAGGCAGCAUUGUCAGAGAAGAAGAACAGUCGCCGCUUCAAUGCCCGUGCUGUACAAAAACAAAAGGAUGUGGAUGCGUGGGAGACAAAUCGCAUGCUAACCUCGGGCGUUGCCCAGAGGAGGGACUAUGACGCUGAUUUUGAAGACGACGACGACUCGACGAGAGUACACUUGCUUGUCCAUGAUCUCCGUCCUCCCUUUUUAGAUGGCCGUACAGUCUUCACGAAGCAGCUUGAACCUGUUCCGGCCGUACGAGACCCGCAGAGUGACAUGGCUGUUUUUAGCCGUAAAGGAAGUAAAGUUGUACAGGAAAGGAGGCAGCGCAAGGAACGCCAGAAGCAAGCUCAAGACGCAACGAAUGCUGCCGGGACGACUUUGGGAAAUAUCAUGGGAGUUAAAGAGGAUGAGGGUGAUAGCGCAGCCGCAAUUCCAGGGGAAGAAGAUCAAAAGGCGGGCAACAACAGCAAAUUUGCGUCGCAUUUGAAAAAGUCGGAGGGAUCCAGUGCCUUUAGCAGGAGCAAGACCUUACGGGAACAGAGAGAAUAUCUCCCUGCAUUUGCCGUUAGAGAGGAACUCCUACGAGUGAUAAGGGAUAACCAAGUCGUUAUUGUUGUUGGCCAGACCGGCUCUGGAAAGACUACCCAGUUGACUCAAUUUCUUUAUGAGGAUGGUUAUGGGGAGCUUGGCUUGAUAGGCUGUACGCAGCCACGCCGCGUUGCUGCAAUGAGUGUCGCCAAACGAGUCAGCGAAGAGAUGGAAGUCAAAUUAGGAGGGCUUGUGGGCUAUGCUAUACGUUUUGAAGACUGUACGAGCAGCGAAACGGUGAUCAAAUAUAUGACGGAUGGAGUUCUCUUACGAGAGUCCUUGGUCCAACCCGAUCUUGACAAAUAUUCUUGUAUUAUUAUGGACGAGGCUCAUGAAAGAGCUUUGAAUACAGAUGUUUUGAUGGGCUUGAUCAAGAAAGUUCUUGCAAGAAGAAGGGACCUUAAGCUUAUCGUGACAUCUGCUACAAUGAACUCUGACCGAUUUUCGAAAUUCUAUGGAGGAGCUCCAGAGUUUAUAAUUCCUGGACGUACUUUUCCUGUUGAUAUACAAUACUCUCGUUCUCCGUGCGAAGACUACGUUGAUAGCGCUGUCAAGCAAGUGUUGGCCAUCCACGUUUCCCAGGGACCGGGUGAUAUCCUAGUUUUCAUGACGGGGCAGGAAGAUAUUGAGGCUACUUGCGAAUUGAUACACGAGAGGUUGGCUCUUCUAAAUGACCCACCGAAGAUUAGUGUAUUGCCCAUAUACAGCCAAAUGCCGGCAGAUUUACAAGCCAAAAUCUUCGACAAGGCUCCUCCAGGAGUCAGGAAAGUCAUCGUUGCUACCAAUAUUGCCGAGACCAGUUUGACGGUCGAUGGCAUUAUGUAUGUGGUAGAUGCAGGGUUUUCAAAGUUAAAAGUGUACAAUCCGCGAAUGGGUAUGGACACACUCCAAAUCACCCCGAUUUCACAGGCCAAUGCUUCCCAGAGAGCUGGCCGAGCUGGCCGAACUGGGCCUGGGAAAGCAUAUCAUUUGUAUACUGAGCUUGCAUUCAAGAAUGAGUUUUAUAUACAAACAAUCCCGGAAAUUCAACGGACAAACCUUGCCAACACGGUACUCCUGCUCAAAUCACUAGGAAUCAAGGACCUGCUGGAUUUCGAUUUUAUGGACCCUCCCCCUCAAGAUACAAUCACAACCUCACUAUUUGACCUUUGGGCUCUCGGGGCAAUCGAUAAUUUGGGGGAUUUAACUGCCAUCGGCCGCCGAAUGAGCGCAUUCCCAAUGGACCCGUCACUUGCGAAACUCCUAAUUACUUCAUCAGAGCUGUAUGAUUGCAGCGAAGAAAUGCUCACAAUCGUAUCCAUGCUCUCCGUACCCAGCGUAUUUUACCGUCCAAAGGAACGACAAGAAGAGUCCGAUGCAGCUAGAGAAAAAUUCUUCGUGCCAGAGUCAGACCAUCUUACUCUUCUUCAUGUCUACACACAAUGGAAAGCAAACGGCUAUUCAGAUGGGUGGUGUGUGCGCCACUUUCUCCAUCCCAAGGCUCUUCGGCGAGCCAAGGAGAUCCGUGAACAGUUACAUGAUAUAAUGAAAAUGCAGAAAAUGCAAUUGACAAGCUGUGGUACGGAUUGGGAUAUCAUUCGAAAAUGCAUUUGUUCCGGCUACUACCAUCAAGCUGGCCGGGUCAAGGGUAUUGGGGAGUAUAUUAAUUUGCGGACGAGUGUAACUGUGCAGCUACAUCCCACCAGCUCCUUAUACGGUCUUGGUUUCCUACCUGACUAUGUGGUGUAUCAUGAAUUGAUAUUAACCAGCAAAGAAUACAUGUCUACUGUUACUGCAGUUGAUCCCCAUUGGCUUGCCGAUCUCGGUGGUGUUUUCUAUUCAAUUAAAGAAAAAGGCUACUCUGCUCGCGAACGCCGCGUUACAGAGCGUGAGUUCAAUAGGAAAAUGGAAAUAGAAACACAAAUGGCUGCAGAUCGUCAGAGAGCUGCGGAACUUGCUGCCCGUGAAGCUGAGAAAGAGUCAGCUAAAAAGAGACAGGAAAUACAAACUGCAGUGAGAAGACCGACUGCUACGCCAGGGAUAAGGAGGGCUACUGGUGGCUUAGUCACAAGUGGUAGUGUGGUCAAGAGGCCGCCAUCCAAAAGAGUGGGAAGGGGAUUUUGA